UCGAAAGAAAAACAAAAAAGGAAAAAUAUGUUUAAACUGUUACUGUUUCUAUGUUUGUUAAAAAUAUUUGCUUCUGUAAAAUUUGAUCCAUUAGGUUAUGUUGUAUAUUGUCCCUGUAUGGGUAGGUUUGGAAAUCAAGCUGAUCAUUUUCUGGGUGCACUAAGUUUUGCACAUGGCUUGAACAGAACUUUGGUCCUACCUCCCUGGGUCGAAUAUCGUUAUGGAGAACCUAAAUCUAUUCAAGUACCUUUUAAUACAUACUUUAAGGUUGAUCCCUUGGAAAAAUAUCAUAAAGUAAUGACAAUGGAGUUAUUUAUGGAGAAAAUAGCUCCAUAUGAAUGGCAAGAAAAUCAACGUGUAGCAUUUUGUUAUAUGGCAAGAGGUUCAGGAGCGAGCUGUAACGCUAAAGAAGGAAACCCUUUCAAACCAUUUUGGGAUACAUUUAACAUUGAUUUUAUAGGUUCGGAGUUUUAUAGCCCAUUUCAUUAUGACAUUUAUCAUGAUAAUAUGGCACAGCAGUGGAGAGAAAAGUAUGCACCAACCAAAUGGCCAGUUUUAGCAUUUACAGGAGCGCCUGGUAGCUUCCCCGUGCUAUCAGAAAAUAGAAAGCUGCAGAAGUAUUUACAAUGGUCAGAUAAUAUUGAAAAAGAAGCGAAUGAAUUUAUUAGAAACAAUUUACCAAAAGGAGGUUUUGUUGGCAUCCAUUUAAGAAAUGGAAUUGAUUGGGUGAGAGCUUGUGAACAUAUACCUGAAAGUCCGAAUCUGUUUGCUGCAGCUCAAUGUGUUGGUUACCAAAAUGAAAAAGGAAAAGCCACAAAAGACAUGUGUUUACCCUCUAAGGAAACUGUAUUAAGACAGCUGAAACGAGUGAUAAAAAACAUUAACAAUUCGGUUAAUAAUAAAAAUGAUCGUACAAUUAAGUCAGUUUAUGUUGCUUCAGAUAAUAAUCAUAUGUUAAAUGAAUUAGAAAUAGCACUUAAAAGAAUGAAGGUGCAAGUAUUUAAGUUCAAUAAAUCGAGUCCACAUAUUGAUUUAGCCAUUCUUGGUAUGUCCAAUCAUUUCAUUGGAAAUUGUAUAUCAUCGUUUAGUGCUUUUGUGAAAAGAGAAAGAGAUGUAAAAGGGUUUCCAUCUUCAUUUUGGGCAUAUCCUUCAGAGAAAAAUUAUAAGGGCAGUGAUCCUUCACACGAUGAAUUGUAAUUUUUGGCAGUUAAAUCACCUGAUUGAAUACAUUACAUGCUACAUGUAGUUUAAAAGUAAAUAUUUAAAUUAUUUUAUUGCAUGGAAAAAUAAUUAGAAUUGCAGUAUUGUUAAUAAUAGUAAGACAAAUGGUGUGUUUUCAAAAAAAAGUAUGUCCCUCAAGAGAGAGAAAAUAACGACUGUCUAAUGAAAGCUAUAUUGCAUUUAUUUAAUACUUUUUAUAACAGUUUUUAUAGAGGGUAAAUCUUGUGUCUUCAUAUUGAUGAAGGAAUUGUGAACAUAAUACUGUAUUAUUUGAAAACUUACGAGAAUAAUUUUUUAUAAAAUCUCGGAGCUGCGAACUUUUUAUACAUAGUAAUCAAUGUCACCGAUAUCCUCUUGUAGAGUUACAGUUAUACAAUAAAAAAAUAAAAAAGUUUG